AUUGAUCGUAUCAAAACAACUGUUGUAGUUUGACGGGCGUGAGGAAUACUCGUGCGGACCCCCAAGACUGCAUUGACCAGCGGUGCGAGUGAACAUGGCAGGCGAAUUGACGAGACGUGACUCCCAGGGUUACUCUCAUGCCUGCCAAAGAGCUGAACUCUUAGGAUUACCUACUCCGAGCGAGGCCGAGUGGUUGGCCAGCGAGGAAAGAGCUAGCAUGCUGCAGGCUCAAGAGAACGAUGAUCAGGACAUCGCAGCUGCUCAGGAACUAGACGCCAGUGAAGAAUCGUCAAAGCGCAUAGGUGGUGGUUUAGAUGAAUUGAAUGCAAUCUUGAGCGUGACGCAGAAAAAAAUCAACAAGUUCAAGAAUGUUUGCGGUAGUUUGGGUACACUUUUAAAAGCACGAGUCAGCUCUCAGACAGGAACUCCGGAACAUCAAGCUGGUUCCUCAUCAGAACCUCAAUUUGAAGGUUCUCCAACGGAAGAAAAUCAAGUGCCAGAGAACAGUGCUGGCACGGAUGUGGUUGGACAAGAAAAUGAACAACGAAUCGAUACGACUAAAAAAGCCGAACUUAAUACGAAAUUAGGCUCGCACAUUGACAAACUCGACUCGCUCAUCUCUAAAGCUGAAAAUGCUCAGUACAGUAUGAAAAAUCAGACGAAGCAAAUGAAGGCUUUUUUGAAGUGAGUCACUAAAGAGUUACUUUACAGUUUCAGUAUUGCUUUACAAGGUCAAAUCGAAUAUUUUUAUUGUUAGCGAAAGAAGAUUCAUUUGAAUGCAUUUAAUAAUUUUUUCGAUUAAUUAAUAAGAUAAAUAUUCAUUUUGAAAUUUGAACAUUUUCCAAUAUUUUUACACAGUGGGUCGUCCAACCCAUUUCGGAAAAAAACAUAUAAAUAAAUAACAUCAACGAUUCUUGUUAUUGUCUAUAAAUAUGUGAACAAGUUACAUCAAUGUUUGAAAAUAAUUCUAAUUUCAAUAACCGAGAGUGAAUUUUAUGAAAAUAUUUGUUGAUCAGUGAAAAAAAUUCAAUUGUGAUAUUUGCUUAUAUCUGACAAUUUCGUGAUUUAAACUUACACUGUGCCGAAAAAAUGUGAAUAAUUCAACUGAAAUAUUUGACUAACCCAAAUACGUUGAAAUAAAUCAUUAGAUUUCCAUUAUCGAUCGAAACAAAUGUAAACAUUUUAUUGCAUGCAAGAUUGAGCAAAAGUUGAAUUGAUCAACUGCAAUAUGGCAGUUUAUUUAAUUUAUCUUAAAGGAAUAUAUGUUAUCAAUGGACAAAUGGUGUCUCUAUUAUAAUAUGCACAAUUACAAGCAACGAAAUCGUAAACGCGACGAAGUCAUCAAACCCGAUGAUCAAUUGGCGUACAUUUUUACACGAAUGUAACUUACAAAAACAAAUCAUAGAAACGACAAUAUUAUUAAAAUGAUAUAUUCUAUUUUAUUGAGAAAAGUAAAGGGCUACUUGUAAAAAGGCAUGAUUAUUUGAGUACCCUAGGUACAUCGUGUUUUGUAUUGAAGUAUUGAAAUUUGAUAUUGAAAUUGACAGUUGUUGAAAAAUUAUACGAAUGUUUGUUGUUAUUUGCUUGAAUGUUGAUAUAAGCUAGAUAUUGCAAAGAUGUUACUAUUUUCGCGAGGAAAAUUCUUCCUAUUAUUGUCUAAAUGGUUGUUGCGAUCAGGCAAUUAUGGAAUAUUUGAUGCAAGUCAGAGAGCGAAAUGAAAUUUUAUUGAAUUUAAAAAAAUUGUAUUUUGCAAUUUGUUCGGAAAAUAAUGGACAUAUCAAUCAUAUGACAAACAGAAAUAAAUUCUGUCAUACUUAAAAAAUAUUAUCCUCGUUUUGAUGCCAGAUUACGUAUGUAAGAAAAGGUAUGAUCAGGGUUUUUAGUUUUCUAUGUUAUUGUAUCUCCAGCCUUCAAAAAGUUUGAAUUAUUUUAAAAAUUAUAUUUAAAACUUGAAUGAAAGAAAUAGUGUACUUGGAAACAUGUGAGCUUCAUCAUCAUCGAUAAAAUAGAUUAAUUCUGCUUUUAUCUGUGUUCACAGGAGCUUAAAAAUUAAUGUUCUAAGAGUGUUUUAACUUUUCUAUCGUUUCCGUGAAAACGCUUAUUGCUCGAUACUGACAAUUUUCUCCCCUUCAUAAUACCAUUAAUUAAAUUCCUUAUAUGCAAUCGAUCAGCGCCUAUGGAUAUGGUAACAAUUCCAAUUUUUUAAAACUAAAAAAUGGCCGUUCUCAAUAAAUGUAUAACCCUUUCGAUUGCACAUAGUGAAUUAGUGUUGUACUUAAAGAGUAUGAAAAAUCGCAGUAUUUUUCUAAAGAAUACGACGCAAAUGCUCGAAAUAUAUUUUUAUAUAGAGUUGUCGCAAUAAAUUAGCAUAGCAUAAAAAAUAUUAUUAUUAGCACAGUAAAAAUUGCGUAUUAAAGUUUCUGAAUCCCAUUCUCAUAUUGCUUAGUAUCUUUGAACUUUCAAAUUUUCAAAUAAAUUUGAUAUAAUUUCAAAGAUAAGUCAAUUGACAGUUAUUACGAUUUUCAUUUAUUAUAUAUGAUGUGUGAUUAAUCAUGUAUGCUAACCUUUUUACUCUUCUAAGGAAUUAUGAAGUAUUCACAUUAUUCAAAUAUGUUUUAUGGACAAUCGCCUCAGCCCAAAGGUGAAUUUCAUGAAGAUUCUGCAGUGAAAACUUUUGCAAUUAAAUUGCAGAUGAAAAAGUCUUUGAAUUAACCAAUUGACUGAUUUAACUGUUAAAAGUACAGAAAUUUAUGAUAACAAAUGUCACUUUAUUAUAAAUUUUUUGUGCAUCGAGAGAUAAGCCAAUUCUCUGUUGUAAUACUGAGUCUAAUAAAAAUACAUGUUUUUAUGAUUUUUCGCAAAAAAAAAAUCCAGUCACGUGUAUGUACAUAUGCGCGUGUGCGUCAAUGUGACAAAUAUACAUUUACUUGACUAAAAAAUUACAAUAAUAAUUUCAUUGUGAUUUCUUAUAAGUCAUUCAAUGAUUGUAACUAUACACCUGCUAUAUAAGAUAAUGUACUUCAUGUACUGUACUCCAUGAAAUAUUACGCUUCUGCCUCAAAAACUCUGAUUCUUACUUAAAUAUAAACUUAUACACAUGAAUUAUAUUUAUAAGAAAUAAAAAAACGUUACAAUAUGUCGUCCACAUAUGGAAAAAAUGAAAGAUACAUAUUAUCAUAUAACAAGUGUCUGCCGUUAUAUAUGUAUAACAAGCUUGAUCCUAAAGCAAUAAAUUUUAAUGUUGA